UCAAAAUUCAGCCACCUACUGUUCAAGUGUUCGACGGAUUGCCCGCCCAUGCCCGCCGCCGACGUGAACACGACGUGGACGCUGGCCAUCCGCGCCGCCGCGGACCAGGGUCACCCACGCCGCGCCGUUGCGUUGUACCUCUCGUCCCUCCGCUCGGCCUGCCGCCCCUGCCCUUUCGCGCUCGCCGCCGUCCUCAAGUCCGUCUCCCGCCUCUUCGCCGCGCACCCGCUCCUCUCCGCGGCCGCGGGCUCGCUCCACGCGCACCUCCUCCGCCUCGGCCUCCUCGCCCACCCCUACCCACGCGCGGCGCUCACCCACCUCUACGCGCGCCUCCCCGACACCUCCCACGCGCACAGCCUGCUUGACGAAACGCCGCCUCGGCCCGUGUGGGGGCGCGCGCAGGCUCACUCCCUCCUCGUCUCACGCAACUCGCUCCUCGCGUCCCUCCUCCGCUCCGGGGACCUGGCGGCGGCGCGCUCGCUGUUCGACUGCAUGCCCGUGCGGGACGUCGUGUCCUGGAACUCCAUGGUCGCCGGCCUCGCCAAGGCUGGACACCUCGACGAAGCCAUCGAGCUUUUCGAUCGGAUGCCCGAGAGGAACGCUGCAUCCUGGAACGCGCUCAUGUGCGGCUACAUCGCCCAGGGUAACCUAUCCAAGGCGAGGGAGCUGUUCGAGCAAAUGCCCGUGAGGAGCAACGUCUCGUGGAUCACAAUGAUAUCCGGCUACACCAAGUCCGGCGAUGUCCACGCUGCUGGCGAGCUCUUCGAGAGGAUUGAGAACAAGAAAGAUCUUUACGCGUGGAAUGCAAUGGUAUCGUGCUACACGAAGAAUGGCUGCGCAAGGGAGGCUCUUGCUGUCUUCAAUCGGAUGCUGAAGCCUCAUGUUUGGGUGAUGCCCAAUGAGAAGACGUUCUCGUCAGUCAUCUCGGCUUGCUCGCAGCUUGGAGACUUGAGGUUUGGAUUGUGGGCUGAGAGUUUCAUGGGGUCUGUGGGGAUUGCACUGGAUGAUCACUUGCGCACCGCUCUGGUGGAUUUGCACACCAAGAGUGGGCGGAUGGACAGAGCUUUUGAUUUGUUCAGAGGUUUGGGGAUGAGAGAUGUGGUGUCUUACAGUGCGAUGAUCGUAGGCUGUGGGAUGAAUGGCAUGUUCAACGAAGCUGUUAAUUUGUUCAAGGAGAUGUCUGAUGCAAAGAUUGAUCCUAAUGCAGUGACCUUUGUGGGAUUGUUGUCAGCAUACAGUAAUGCAGGGCUAAUGGAAGAAGCUCGUGCUUGCUUUUCUUCCAUGUCAGUGAAAUAUAAGAUUUCCCCUUCAAUGGAACACUACACCAUCAUGGUAGAUCUUCUUGGACGGAGUGGAAAAUUGAAUGAAGCAUAUCAGCUCAUCGUGCAGAUGCCAAUGAAACCAGAUGCUAGUGUUUGGGGCGCCUUGCUUCUUGCUUGCAGAUUGCACAAUGAUGUUGAGCUAGGGGAAAUUGCUGGUUACAAGUGCUUUGAACUUGAGCCAGGAGAGAGCGGAUACUAUAUUCUUUUGGGUAACAUAUAUGUAGAAGCAAAUGAAUGGGACAAAGUGAAGAGGCUAAGAAAUAUAAUGGCAGAAAAAGGCUUAAACAAGAUGCCUGGGAGUAGUUGGGUUCAGGCUGCAUAAGUCCAUUCUCUUGAUGUUGUUCAUUUCGAUCAAUUAAUUCAGUUCAUAAAUCAACAUGCAGAUAUUCAAAGUUUCAAUACUAAAGUUUGACAAGUUUCAGAGAAUGCUGGAUUCAGCUGUCCGCUUUCUCUCUCUUGGGUAGCUUGUCAGAUUUAUACAAGGUUCUCAGAAAAUCUGAGCAUUGGUGAGAAAUACACAAUUGGAAUAGUUACCGUGUAAAGCUUGCAACUUGUAAACGCACUAUUGGCUUCAGCAUACUUACUAUUACCGGUAUAGACAAAAAUAGCGUCCAGGCCCAACUGUCCCUGACUCCCUCUGUUGACUGCAACCUUAGUCAUAUUAUAUCAGCUUGGAAGUAUGAUCGAGAGCUAUCAGGAGGACAGGAACAGAUUAUCUGCACUGGCAUAUUUAUUCCAAUCAACUAAUGUGCUUGUAUCCAGGUACUGGCUCAUUGGUACAAGUUUUAUGGCCAGCAAAUUAUGAUGUUGAAUGCUCAAUCGUUAAGAGUUAGAAGCUCAACUUUUGUUCAUAGUUUUCACCUCCCUUAUCUUCCUGUUUAUACCCAUGCAGGCAUCAGUUUUCUGAAAGUCUUAUUUGGGGUGAAUAGACCAAGAACAAACAUUACACAUAUGUUUGUAUUUGGAACAAUGGUCAUUGGACCAAACUAGGGAUCCCCAGAAAGUUGUCAUUCAUUCCUAUCCCAAUUUUUGCAGUUUAAGAUACGGUUGCAUGUGAGAUGGUGAUAUUAAUGUAUGCAAUGUUGAUAAAUUCAAUCAAACUAGGGAUAUCACGCGAAAAAUUGUGCGGAGCUAGAUAACUGAAACAGCAUUAGAUUUUAUGUACAACUCUUGUUUUAAAAGUAGAAUUGCAUACAUAUACAUCUAUUGAAU